UUUUGAUAGCGAGACCGCCCAAAGCAAUGUGGCUGCACAGGCUCUUUCUUUCUUUUGUUUAUCUCUGCCAUUGCAUUAUCUGAUUCAUUAGUCUUGAUGAAAAUAUACAUUCCUUAACAUCCAUCCCCACACCACACGAUGCAUAUUCUUAGGCAGACCGGCCAGAUCAGGCACUUUGCACAGACGAGCCGCCACAGCCAAGUGCUGCGCGUACUGGGGCUAGAGUCAUCGUGCGACGACACGGCAGCGGCAAUAGUCACCAGCUCCGGCGAGAUCCUCAGCGAGACCAACCGACACCAGCACGCAAUCCACUCACAGCACGGCGGCAUAGUGCCGGGGCUUGCAGCCAACCACCACCUGAUGAACAUGCCGCUGGUAGUCCACGAGACUUUGAAAGCAGCCGGGCUGCAGAUUAGCGACCUCGACGCCAUUGCCGUGACACGCGGGCCCGGGCUGCCAGCCAGCCUGGCCGUCUGCGUGUCGGCAGGGAAGACUCUCGCAGCCGUGCACGAAAAGCCGCUCAUUGGCGUGCACCACAUGGAGGCUCACGCGCUGAUGGCGCGUAUGGGCGCCGAAGACAAGGUGCAGUUCCCCUACCUGUGCCUGUUGAUCAGCGGCGGCCACACGCUGACACUGGUGGUGCACGACAUUAACGAGUAUACGAUGAUCGGGACCACGCGUGACGACAGCAUCGGCGAGGCCUUCGACAAAGUUGCCCGCGAGCUGCAGAUACCCUGGAUUGACGCCCAGAUCGGCGGCGGCGCAGGCCCGGCGCUGGAGCAGUGCGCGCUGGCCGGCGAUCCAACCCGCUUCCAGCUGCCUGUGCCCAUGGACAAGGCCGACAGCGCAGGCUCGCCGGACUUUAGCUUUUCGGGGCUCAAGACGCAUGUCAAGCGCAUGCGCGAGCAGGCGCUCUUCGACCCGCUGUGCGCCCAGGACCAAGCCGACGUCGCCGCCGCAUUUCAGAUGACGGCCGCUAAGCACCUGCGCAAGAAGACCGUGCUGGCCUUUAGGCGCGCGCGUGAGCUGCUGCAGGGCCAGCCGCUGUCGUGCUUGGUGGCCAGCGGUGGUGUGGCGAGCAACCUGGCUGUUCGCCAAGUGCUGGCUGGGCUGGCUGCGAAGGAGGGCGUGGAGCUCGUGUGUCCGCCGCCCAGCUUAUGCACGGAUAACGGCGUGAUGAUUGCCUGGGCGGGCAUCGAGCGGCUGCGCAGGGGGCUGCUGGACCCGUACACUAUUGACUUUAUUCAGCGGUGGCCGCUCGAGGACCUCAAGCAGAUGGGCUACACGGAGCGCACAUCGAGCUUUUGACUUGAGAAAAUUACAUGAUCAAAAUGAUCGAUCGCGCGCUUUGGCAGGACAAGGGGGGAGGAGGGAGUGGAUCCAUCGGACAGUGGAAAUCGAGAAAGGCAAGGAGCAGAAGCGGACCAGGAACUGAAUCAGCCCAUCUGUUCUUUCUCUCCUUCUCUCUCCCUCUCUCCCUCUCUUUCUCUCUCUCCCU